ACGGAAUCGUUCGGAACCAAGUACUCGCGAUGUCAAAACUGUGUUCGAGUCAUUUCGAUCGUGACGACUUCACGGUUACAGCCGUUCGACGUUUUCUCCGCCGUGACGCGGUACCGAGGAAUGCCGUGUUACCAGAUGCGCCAGUAGCAGCGGUCGAAGACAUCGAGGUGGAAGUGGUAACGGUGAACGACGUUGACUUGGUCGACGAACAGAACAAUGAUGAAGACUUGAUGGCCAACAUCGUUGUCGUCGAAGAACUGAUCGCCGCCCGAGUUACCGCACCGGCACCCGCCCGCUCAUUCAUCGGACCGAUGGAUCGCGUUUGUCCUCACUGCUGCGCGAGACAUUUCAUAGGUGAGCAUUAUAUUUGUUGUGGAGAUGGUAAAGUUUUGUUGACAGGUGACAGAGCGUUGCGAGAGGUUCCACUUGCACUGCGGAGGCUGCUCAGCGAAGACGGCCCGGAGAAUAGGCAUUUUCAGAACGAGGUCCGUCAGUACAACAAUGCCAUGGCGUUCGCGUCUCUGGUCACACAAGAUUUCCAGGCACCCCCAAGACGAGGACCCAGAACGUUCGUCAUGCACGGCCAAACGUAUCAUCUGAUCAGUGACGCGGCCGCCGGACCGGACGCCAUUCCACGGUUCUGUCAAUUGUACUUCGUGGACACGCGGUUGGCGACCCAGAGCCGCAUUCGAAACCCCGUCAACUCCGCGUGCAGACCGGAUCUUUUGGAGAGACUGGACAUCCUGCUGAGAGAGAUCAACCCGUACGCCCGAAUGUUCAUGUAUAUGACGGAAAUAUGGAACAGAGAACAGUUUGCGGCUGCGGUGGAAAAUCCGGCGAGACCGCCUCGGACUAUAAGUAUGUAUUUUGUACGCGAUUCCAGGGACCCGGGACGACGCAACGAGCCGGCCGUGCGUGAGAUUGCUGCAGUGUUCGUUGGAAACGACGGCAAUCCUCCGGAAAACGUGGACUUUGUUGUGUACGAUCGGAAUCCGAACCCCAACGUCAACUACCGGCGUAUACCUUCCACCAGCCGUCAUACCGACCCAUUGCUCUAUCCGCUAUUAUUUCCGCAUGGCGAACAAGGAUGGGCCACGUACAUGCCGCACGAAGGACCGCGCCGUACCCGUGUCAAUCAAAACGUUUCACCGAAAGAGUAUUCGUGUUAUCGUUUGGCCGUUCGUUACGACGGCUUAAACGAGCCGAACGCUCGGUUCAGUGCUAUCCAUAAUAGUCGAUUUUUGUUUCAGCAAUAUGCGUGUGACCAUUAUGUCAGAGUCGAGGCGAGCAGGUUGAGCUAUUUGCGAAACAACCAGGACCAGUUGCGCUCCGAAUCCUACCAGGGUCUGAUGGACCAUCUCGCCGUACAGGACGUUCCGCAGGAUCAGCAACACGCCGUUGGCCGUCGCGUCAUACUGCCCUCUUCCUUCGCAGGCAGUCCGCGUAGCAUGCAACUCAAUUAUCAAGACGCC